AUGCCCAAUCUCACGAGAAUAACAGGAUUCAUCCUUACGGGGCUUUCAGACACCCAGGAGCUACAGACUGUCUGUGGAGUAUUCUUCCUGGUAGUGUACCUAACAAUCCUGAUGAGUAACUUCCUUAUCGUCACUCUCAUCACCCUGGAUCUGAAGCUCCAAACACCCAUGUACUUCUUCCUGAAGAAUUUGUCCUUGUUUGACAUCUUCUUUGUGUCUGUCCCAAUCCCAAGUUUCUUUGUCAACAGUCUAACUCACAACAAUUUUAUUUCCAUUCCUGGCUGUGCCUUCCAGAUACUUUUUAUGACUUCUUUUUCAGCAAGUGAGACAAUUGUCCUGACUGCCAUGUCCUAUGACCGCUAUGUUGCCAUCUGCUGUCCCCUUCACUAUGAGGUCAUUAUGAGUAGUCGAACCUGUAUGCUGAUGGUGGCUGUUUCCUGGGCUACUGGAGCACUCUUUGGAGCCAUAUAUACAGCUGGAACAUUUUCCAUGCCUUUCUGUGGCUCCAAUGUGAUCCCACAGUUUUUCUGUGAUGUCCCCUCAUUGCUAAGGAUUUUCUGCUCUGAAACACUUGUGGUCGUUUAUACAAGUCAUGGAAUUGGUCUGUGUCUAGGCAUGUCUUGCUUUACAUGUGUGAUGAUCUCUUACUAUCACAUAUUAUCCACUGUGCUUAAGAUUCCUACUACUAAGGGUCAGUCCAAAGCAUUUGCCACAUGUGUUCCCCACCUCACUGUUUUCACUAUUUUCAUUGCUGCUGCUUGCUUUGUCUAUCUGAAGGCUCCCUCAGAUGUACCGUCAGUCACAGACAAGCUUUUUUCCGUUCUCUACACUGUAUUACCUCCAGCUCUCAAUCCUUUGAUCUACAGCCUGAGGAACAGGGAUGUCAAGUGUGCUCUGAGGAGGUUACUUCAAAAUCUCUUCCCAAGGGGUUCACUUCAUUUAACACUUCAAAUUAUCUGUCAGUGGUAUAGUGCCUCACAAGUUACAGGAACGUUUUUAUAAUUUUUGACUUUAGAAAGACAAGUGUGGAUACUCAUGCUUUUCCUUAAAAAUACACAUUCAAAAUAAGGCUAAUACUACCUAUGAUCAGAAAAUUAAGUUAUAUCUGGCUUGUUUCUGCUCUUCUAUGAUAAAACUGUCAUCAUUUGGGGAAUAUAACUUCCUAAAUGUUUUAGUCUUUUUUUUGGUAAUUUUCAGUAUCUGUCUAUUGAUACUUCUUAUCUGGUUCAUUUAGAAACAAAAUUAAUAACCACCACAACCAAAAAAUUUAGAUGGUGAAAGUAUAUGAUCAAUCACACAGUUAACACAUGAUUUCUCUGUUAGUCUUUCUUCUGUUUGAAAAAAAAACAAACAGUCAGGAUUCGAAGCCAUAAGCCCAGCGCAUUCUGGAGAUUUAACUCAAGCCUCAAAGUAUUUUUAAUGCGAAGACAAACUUGGAGAAUGAUUAUAUAAGACAAGUUCUAAAAGAGAAAUCGUAGCCAAGCAGAUUGAAAGUGCUAUCAGAGGGACACGGGAGAGACAGACACUUGUGUGACUAUUUUUCUACAGUUUCUCCUGACAGAUCUCCUUAUAG